AUGAUUGGCUAUUUUCUUGAAAUCAUUGCUAUUUAUUUUAUUUUCUCUAAACAUCAUGAUUAUUUUAUUCAAUCACGUUCAAAAGAUAUGCUCUUUCCAUAUCCAUCAUCGCCUCUUAAUGCGGAAGAUUGUCAAAAAGAAAACGAUACAAAUUUAUUCAGUAGAUUUCUUCGUAAACUUUAUGAUAAUGGUGAAAUAAUAUUUAAUUCUCAGCAAAUCAAAAUUCUUCUGCAAUCUGAUCAAUUUCAAUUUUUAAAUAAAAAAUUAGAAAAUAAAAAAAUUGAAUUUUUGAAUUUUUUCGACACCAUCAUACGUUAUCAACAGGAAAAUGCAUGUCGAUCAUUGAAAUCUCUCUGUCGUCUAUCGAUUAAAACACAUAUUAAACAAUUUCCAGAUGAUAUUAAACAGCUACCCUUACAUUCAUCUACAAACGAUCGAAUUUUAACAUAUUUAACCUAUGAAAAUAAGUACAUAUAUGAAUCUUAUGUGUGA